AUGACAAAUGAUAAUACAAUAGAACAAUAUAGAGUAUAUCAUGACAAUAUAAUGAAUAGAGGUGACCCUUUGGUCAGACUAUUUCAUUGUCAACAUGUACCAGUUGAGACAUACCUCGAUCAACCAUUGUUUGUAGAGAUGGUGGUUGAUCCACCCGCUGAACACAUAUUGGCCAAUAUUGGAGAGUAUCUGAGUGGUGUAAAGAAGCGUCGGUUGGUUGAAUGGUACCUAGAGUAUAUCGAAUCGCAAACCGACCGUUACCUCAUUGACCAGGCACACUUUAACUUUUCAGUCAUCCCCGUCAUGUACAUUGACACACCGCCAUCAUCCAUGUCAGAGAUUGAAAGAGACUUGGCAAUUGUCAGAUCUUAUUUGGAUGAUUUAAAUCCAUUAAAUAAUAACAAGACACAAAAUGGUAGUGGUAGUAGUGGUGGUAGUAGUAGUGGACUCUCCACGACGAGUAGUCCCAUUCAACAUGAUACAAUGGUUUAUAAAAAGUUGGUAGAACCAAUACGUAAAAUAGUACAAUCAGAGAUUGAUACGGUAAAGAGAGAGUUUGAAUUGGUCCUAUGGCAUUUACUCAACAAGUUGUGCAUCGAGUUGGGAGCACACGGACUUCAAGUCAAACAUCCACUUCGUGUAGGACGGUCUUUUAAGAGGUUCUAUGAAAGCUGUCAGAAAUCAAUUCAACAGCUGUUGGCCAUGGGUGCACAGUCUCAUCACAGACUCCAACUCGAUCAACUCAACGAAAUUGUUGGUGAUCUCUUACAUCUCGACAUGAUGGAACACAUGGAUAAAACCUUUUUCACAGUCGAUCAUCGUCUACUGUCGCAGGACAACCCCAUUGUCGGCGUCGUUGGCAUGAUCGUCAAUCGUCUCCAAAGAUUAGAAAAUGAAUUAAAAACAAUCAAUCAACAUUGGUCAGGUAAACUUUUACCUCAAACUAAUAAUAAUAAUAAUAUUAUAAAUACUAAUAAUAAUCAUAAUCAUAAUAAUAUCAACUAUAUUAAUAAUAAUCAUAUUAACAAUAAUAACAUUAAUAAUUAUAAUAAUAAUUAUAAUAAUAAUAAUAAUAAUAAUAAUAAUAAUAAUUAUAAUAAUAAUAAUAAUUAUAAUAAUAUAUCUCCAAGGCUCAAUCAAUAA